ACGGAGCUCCUACGUCACACUAACCCCCUGCUGUGUUUUACGCUUCAAGCGGAGAGUGAGUGUGUGUGUGCGUGCAUGUGUGUGUGUGUGUGUGUGUGUGGAGGAAGAAGGGCAGCCCGGGGGCAACUUUUCGAGUGGAACAUCACAAAAAAUCGCUCUCCGUGCUUUUCGAAAAUGGCUCAGAUAACGAACGAAGGGGCCGAACAAGAUUCUCAGCCCGCGCCGGAUCAAAACGGCACCGGCGAAACAGCAGAAACCGGCACGGAGGGACAGGCCGUGCCGGACCCCAAACAGGAACCGGGCGACAACAACGAGAACAGAGCAGGAAUGGACGUGAACACUGGCCGUGGUGCGGCGGCAGAGCACGGGGACAACCGGUCUCCCGUCCCCGAGUCCGACAAAGAAACAGCGGUACCGAGCGAAAAAGCAGACCGCGAUGAAGGGGAGCCCGGCGGUAAACUCUCUGAACCGGGGAAAAGUCCCGUACAGGGGAGUUUGGCGAGUAGCACUGAUUCCGCACAAGAGGGCUCCCGGGUGCUGAAACAAGAACAAAGAGAGGGGGAGAGCGUGUCCUCCUCACCGCCUGCCGACCGCACAAAGACCGCGGAGAAAGCCGAGCAGGGCACCAAGAGACGGGCCAGCGUGGAGCUGACCUCGUCGGACGGAGAGCCGCUGAGCCGGAUGGAUUCGGAGGACAGCAUCAGCAGCACCCUGAUGGACAUGGAGAGCACGGCGUCCAGCGGCCGCUCCACCCCAGCCAUGCUCAACGGUCACGGCGGUGCGGUGGCAGGCAGCGGCUCGGCGCCCGCGGGGGGAAAGUCUCUGAGCUACACGUGCUGCUGGGACCACUGCCAGCUGCUGUUUCUCAGCAGCCCAGACCUGGCCGAACACAUCAGAGCCACACACGUGGACGGACAGAGAGGAGGGGUGUUUGUGUGUCUGUGGAAAGGCUGCAAGGUGUACAACACACCGUCCACCAGUCAGAGCUGGCUGCAGAGACACAUGCUGACCCACAGCGGGGACAAGCCGUUCAAGUGUGUGGUUGGAGGCUGCAACGCCACGUUUGCCUCUCAGGGUGGGCUGGCCCGUCACGUCCCUACCCACUUCAGCUCCCAGGGUUCAUCCAAACUGUCCAAUCAGGGCAAGGUGAAGGAGGAGUCUCCGUCCAAGGCCGGCCUGAACAAGAGGAGGAAACUCAAGAACAAACACAGACGCUCCCUGCCCCGACCUCAUGACUUCUUCGACGCUCAGACGAUGGACGCCAUCCGCCAUCGAGCCAUCUGCCUCAACCUGGCGACACACAUCGAGAGCCUGGGCAACGGGCACAGUGUGGUUUUCCACAGCACGGUAAUAGCCAGGAGGAAAGAGGAUUCUGGGAAAGUGAAGGUCUUGUUGCACUGGACGCCUGAAGACAUACUGCCAGAUGUUUGGGUGAACGAGAGCGACCGACUACAGCAGAAGACCAAGGUGGUUCAUCUGUCCAAGCUCCCCACAGACACAGCUGUACUGCUGGACCCCUCCAUCUACAGGAUGUUCUUCUGACACCCUCCAGAGGAGCUCCACUGUCACUUCCUGCUAAUCUGACCUCAAGGAGGACGAUCGUUUCCUUUUCCUUUGUCUCCUCCUCUCCUCCUCCCAGAGGAUGCUGGGAGUUUAGCGAGCCGUCGUCAUGGCCGUCUGAGGCCGCCAGUGUGUCCUCCAUUAGGUGCUGAGUUUACCGAGGACACGUAGGAGGGGACGUGCUCGUCUUAGAUAACACGACUUAGACUGAAAACUAACUGUAGGCACAUGCACGCACACGUGUGUGUGUUUGUGUGUGUAGAGAAGCUGUCUUUGUAAAUAUUUGAGAUAUGUAAUAUAUUUUUAUACUUUGAAUUUUUUUACCGAACUGUAGAUAGACGUCUCUUUUUCUGCCAGACCUUUUUAAAUAGAUGUUUUAAAGACGGAUCGUGUCUGUCACGUGCAUAGAGCUGGCAUUACUCCAUGUUUAAUGUCAUUAAACUUUUCCAACCUCCA